AUGAAUGACCCAGCUGCUCCAUACGACCUAGCAGGACUUUUCGGAAUAACUGGCUGGGUACCCGUGGCACACCCAGAGCCGCGUGUUAUCCUGCGGCUGUGGCAGGUCUUUGUCGACAAUGUCAAUCCACUGAUGCGGAUCGUCCACGUUCCAACAACGCACCAGAUGAUUGUUGAGGCUAGCUGGGAUGCCAAUCAUGCACCGCCGGCCACUUCAGCCCUUCUUUUUGCUGUCUACUCACUGGCCGUGAUUUCUAUGUCACCCAAGGACUAUUCCGAGAUGUUCUCUGCACCGAAUGGUGACGGACGCGUGCCACCAAAACCACCCUCUAAGUUCGAAGUGCUGCGGCAGUAUCGGACUGGCGGCGCCCAGGCACUUCUGGCGGCCGGCCUCUUGACUACGAGACAUACUGACGUCCUGCGGGCAUUUACACUGUAUCUUUUAGGAGAGCUCGAUGUAGAGCUGUCCAGCACAAUGACAGCAGUGGCUACGCACAUUGGGAUGAAGCUCGGUCUGCACCGUGAGACGAGCAUAUCGUACGACAACAAGGAGAAGACUGAUGGCAGAAAUGGAAAAAGCUACGGCCAAAUUACUUUCUUUGAGCGUGAGAUGCGUCUGCGGCUAUGGUGGCAGAUCGUGCGCCAGGGUGCCAGUGUAGGUAAUUUUGGAAGCGUCGGCAGUCCCAACGGCGGUGCCAUCUGUGGAUCUGGUGGAAGUGGCUGCAAUUGGCUGACGGCACCCGAUCCACGACACAUGCGUCUUCCACUAAACAUCAACGACGUUGACCUCCAUCCUGACAUGGCCGGACCGCCAUUGGAGCACACGGGCCCGACAGAGAUUGUGUACCUCUUGAUGAAGUACGAGGCGGCUCGAUGGAUGCGACAGUUUGCAGAGCGCACGUUUGCGUCUCAGAGAGCUGGAAAACACAAUAUCCACUCACCCUAUGAGCUGGCCCUAGCCAAAGAUUCAGCCAUUGAUGAGUUGGAGGAGCUGUUUGAACACAAGUACCUCCGCUACUGCGACCCAAAUAUUCCACUGCAUACGCUCACAGUCUGCAUGGGCCGCCUGGCUGUAGCACAGCUCCGGUUCCAGUCGUGGCACCCACGCGUCGUGGUUUCAGCAGGGGAGUCUACAGAAAGGACACCAGCUUUGUUUCCGCAGCAAAGUGCAGAUGCUGUGUUCCACAACGCUGUACGCGUACUUGACCUCUACUUCACCAGCCGACAAGUGAAGCGAAUUAAAAAUAGCUUUGCGGUCUUUCAGAUGAUGGCCGACGCGGUGAUGCGAAUAUUGGUGGACGCGGUUGUGUAUGUCGUGAGCGUUUUGCGAGUGCGAACCGGAUGGGAUGACGUGACAGACGGGGGUGGGCCGGAGGGUGGCGAAGGCAACAAAUACGCUUUAGAACGGCCAUUGCGGGUGGUUGAACUAUUUUAUGCCGAAUAUGGCGACGACCUGGCCAAGGCGGCAGUUGAUGACAAGGAGCAGGGCCAGUGUGAGGAAGUGGCUCUGACGGAAGAGAGUCGCCGGUGGAUCUCCGGGACCGCAUUUGCAGUUGCCUUUUGCGAUCUUACGCUGGAAGCCUGGGAGGCGCGGAUGGUGGCCAGACGACAAGAUGGCGAGACAUCUACACCAGAAUUCAUCAUCGCACUGCAGCAACAGCAACAGGAGCGGCGGCAGCGGAAGGAACAGCACAAAGAAGUUCACACGUGGACAGCAGACCCGCUGCAACUUUCCGACGACAUGUCAUGGAAACCAGUGGCGUCGUGGAAGUGCGAUGGACUUGACUGGGAGCUCUGGAACGACUUCCUGCAAAUGUAG